GCAACUUAUGUCAAACAAGGCCCUGAUGGACUAGGAUCACAUGAGGAUCAUCCUGACUUCCAACUUGGAAUUCUCAGGAGACUAGGACCUUGAUGUAAGACAAGAAGCUUCAUAAAACAGAGAGUGGAGUUACAGGAUUCGUCAUGUGUCAAUGUGAGGACCUGAAAGUGGACUCACAGUAGCACACCCUAUAAAAGGAGGCCCUGGAAAAUCACUGAUGCUGUGGUCCCCAGGAAGCUCUGGGCACAGAUGUCCAGUUGAUUUCAGUCUAGAAAGUCUUAGCGAGGUGAGACCUCUGUCUAAUACAAUCAGCUGCAGUUUCACAGAGCGAGGGACCUGAAUCCAAGGAGCACCUCACAUGCCAUGCUGAGUGUUAGCGGGGACCCCUGCAGAGGGAGCCAAACAGAAUUCUGUAAAUUCUUAUCCCUGAGAAGCCCACAGGAGCUACUUCUGAGUGGUCCGCUCAUUCAACCUGUGUGAUCUUAGGGAGGGCUGAGUCUCCUCUAGCCAGAUCAGAACCCAGAUCUGCAGAUGGGGAUGUCUUGAACAUAACCGGACAUAAGGUGAAGACCAUCAGUGCUAGUGAGAGGAUCUCUCCCCCAACGAAGGAGGCUCACAGAGUGGCAACCCACCUGACAAGCAGAGAUGCUCAGAGCAGAGCUGGCCUCCCACCUCUAGGCACUUGGGAAGGCAAGGGCUUUGUUUGGGAGCUGGAAGACUCGGGUUCAUAGGAGGGGGCAUCCUGGGCUUUGAUACACUGCACAAGGAGGACCCAAGGACGGAUGAAUAUUGAGCUACUGGGGUUCCCGUAGCACGCUGUCCCUGCCGUUAUCCCUGAGAGACCCCACGUAGGACCUUACGCAGCUCCCCUCCACUUCCGCUUUGAAAGCCUGCGGAGGACCCAAGGACGGAUGAAUAUUGAGCUACUGGGGUUCCCGUAGCACGCUGUCCCUGCCGUUAUCCCUGAGAGACCCCACGUAGGACCUUACGCAGCUCCCCUCCACUUCCGCUUUGAAAGCCUGCGGAUUGACUAGUAACUGCGGUGACCGUUUGGCGGAGACUUACUAUCCAGGACUCGUCCAGAACCAAGGCAUCAAGUCAGGAGAAAGUGGAGCUUCUCUGCCAGGAGCCCAGUUGAGGAACCUGAGUGCCCCAAUCUCCUGUCUACUGGCCCAGAAUCCUGCCUGCGGUCCCUGACCACAGCCAUCAUGCCCCGUGGGCAGAAGAGUAAGGUCCGUGCUCGUGAGAAACGUCACCAGGCCCGGUCUGAGACCCAGGGUCUUCAUGAUCAGGCCACCACAUCUCGGGGAGAAGAGACCACCUCCUCCUCCCCUCCUGAUUCAGAGAGCGCUCCGUCAAGCUCGUCUGCUGCUGGCACCCCCAAGGGGCCUCAGGGAGCCCAAGGCACCACCAGUGCUGCUGCAGGUGCUAUACCCAAAAGAUCUGGUGGUGGUGGCGCAGCACGCUCGAGAUCUGGUGUAGGUGCCGAGGGCCAAGUUCAGGGAGGUGAAAAUUCCUCCCAGGCUUCAGCUGCUGCUGCGAGCUCUCACACAGAUCUUCUGACCAAGAAGGCACAGAUGUUGGUGCAGCACAUGCUGUGUAAGUAUAAGAAGAGGGAGCUCAUUAAGAAGUCUGAAAUGCUGAAGGCAAUCAGUGGAAGGUACAUGAAGCAAUUCCCAGAGAUCCUCAGCAGGGCCUCUGAGCACAUGGAGGUUGUGUUUGGCCUGGUGCUGAAGGAAGUUAGACCCAACAGUCAGUGCUAUACCCUGGUGAGCAACCUAGAUUUCAGCGACAGUGAGUCUAUGAGAGGUGACUUGGGGCUGCCGAAGAAUGGUCUUCUGAUGCCUCUGCUGAGUUUCAUCUACCUGAAUGGCCCCCGUAUCUCUGAGGAGCACAUCUGGAAGUUCCUGAAUAUUCUGGGCAUCUAUGAUGGAAGAAGGCACUUCAUCUUUGGAGACACCAGGAAGCUCAUCACAGAAGAUCUGGUGCGGGAAGAGUACCUGGAGUACCGCCAGGUACCCGGCAGCAAUCCCCCUCGCUGUGAGUUCCUAUGGGGUCCUAAAGCGCUUACAGAAACCAACAAGAAUAAAGUCAUGGAGUUUUUGGCCAAGGUCAAUGAUACGGUCCCUGAUGCCUUCCUGGCGCAAUAUGAGGAGUCUUUCAGACAGGAAGUAGAGAGCACCGGGGCCAGAGCUGCAGCCAGGGUUGGCAUUUCUGCCUUGGGCAUGGCUGCCACUUCUGCCUCGUGCAUGGCUGCCACUUCUGCCUCGGGCAUGGCUGCCACUUCUGCCUCGGGCAUGGCUGCCACUUCUGCCUCGGGCAUGGCUGCCACUUCUGCCUCGGGCAUGGCUGCCACUUCUGCCUCGGGCAUGGCUGCCACUUCUGCCUCGGGCAUGGCUGCCACUUCUGCCUCAGGCAUGGCUGGCAUGUCAGCCUGGGUUACUGCAGGCAUGUCUGCCUCGGUCUGGGAUGGCCCUUCUGCUGCAGCCCAGGCUCAGUAUCUUGCCUCAGCCAGGCCUGGCAUUUCUACUGCAGCCAGCGCUGGCCCUUCUGCCUCAGCCAGUGCCCACGCUGGGGCCGUAUCCAGCCACUCAUCUCGCCCCUAGUGUGGUCUGAAGGCCGUUCUUCACUUUGUGGUCAGAAAGGCCUGUCAACCCGUGUUCCUGUUGAUUCCCCCCCCUAGUUUUCAGUUCUUUCUUUUUUCAACAGAAAGUUUAUUUAGGUUCAUGAUACAAGUAUUUGAGUAAAAUGGGUCACACACAGUUUGCUGUUUGCCACAUUUAUGAGUAACAAUUUUGUUUUUUGAAAUGCAUAUUGGAAAUGCUCAUAUCACUUUUGCGAUCCCGGAUGAGAAUAACAUCACUUUAGGAUAAGAAUAUCCUUAGAAAUGUGAAAGACACCACACUAAUAGAAGCUCAGAACAUAGAUACAUAGAGAGAUAGCCAAAAGUUCUUCAAGUUUUGGUUUGCUUUACUCUCUGUUUAGUCUCCCUUUUUGUAAAUAUAAAAGAUAUAUGCUUGGAUCUGCUUAUGGUUUUCAAGAAUGUUUGAGAAUAUAAAUUAAAGCAAA